UCAGGCUUCAUUAAUUUCUAAAGCGGUUUUUAUGGGAAAAACUGUAAUUCUGCAGAAGUGAGCCAAUCUCCCAUAGAUGCAUGUGCCCAUAUUAAACUUCACAGCAGAAAUAAACAUGUUUACAGCCUGCUUCAGAAAACUAUUUCGGUCUCUAUAGCUAAUUUUCCCAUUCAUGACAAAUGUGAGGUGCGUGUGAAUUCAUUUGAACGUACCCGUUCAAAUUAUAUUAAGGCUUAAAGUUUCCAACUGUGGUGCGUUCAAGUGCUGUCCUUUUUCGGACGGCACUUGAACCUACCACAGCCUCGCGCUGGAGGCUCACACGGCGGGAGAUUUAAAAUCCUCGCGAGCACACAGUGCGAGAUUUCAACGGCUAAAAACGACCCGUGAGACAAUUUCACGGUAAUUAAUCGUUUAAGUAAUUAAUCCAAGGUAACUAAACACAAUGAAUCAUGCGAGGAGCAUAAAAGAAAUGCUGAGCAUCCCAACUGGAAGCAGGAAUGUGGCUACCAGCGGAUACUCCAGCUUCACAGACUCACAGGUUUUCUUCGGGUCUCAGUUUUGGCCUGAAAACUCUCAAGGCUCAUCUCAAGACAUGAGUAUGUCAUCCAGGACCUCAAGUUCACAAGAGGGAAGUGACCCAAAGUUUCUAAGCAGUUAUCACACUAAGCCUCUCCUGUUUGGAGAAUUAAAGGACAACAAAAGCAGAGCGUUUGGAAUACUGGAAGCAUUUGAGGAGGACAAGAAAAGAGCAAAAGAAAAAGCUGACGGUGAUAUUUUAGCCAAAGAAUGUCAUCAUUUUCGAGAAACUCUCAACAAUAUCCAACAACUGGUCGCUGGCACAGAGAAAAAUACUGCUGUGUGCCCAGCAGUCCUUGAAAAAUUUGAUAAUUUUGUGUCAACAUUGCAAAACAAUCUUAACAGUCUUCAGAGUAACAUUUCCGAGCAGUUCGAGACAAUGCUGAAUAAAGUGAACUCCCAGAAAGGGAUGAUAACUGAACUGGAGGAGAGAGUGCAAAAGAGUGGAGACAGCACAUCAGAACUUAAUCUGCAAGGCUUAAAGAAUAGUCUGGAGGGUCUGAAAGAUGAGCAGGAGAAAGAACGAAACAUGCUUGAAGAGGCCCUGAAGCUGCUCACCAACUUAGUCUCAGAGCACUCAGCCAAACCCAACCCUCAGAAAGUGAUGGACAGUGCCGUCCAGACAUCACCAGGGCUGGAAAAGCCACUUUCCAACAUCCUGGAGGACAAUAAGCUUGAAAGCACACAGCUUACAUGUAUGUCACUCAACCUCGAAUGCAGUCAGGCUCAAGAUCCCCUUCAGGAUCACCGCAACAUUAUAGGAAAGAGGAAAGUUGCUCUGAGAGGCCAUAGGAUGCGCAAAAAGAGGCCGCUAGUGCCCUCACAGCGGGGUAAACAUACUGUCAUGGAUGAAAACAGUCAACCUCUCUUGAACUGUAACAGACAACAAAAAGUGUCAAUGCCUGUCUGUAAGCGUCGUAAUCUGAACAUAACAAGCCAAAACAGUCUCACCCUAGACUGUCAAAUAAGGCCAAACAGGGGGAUAAGAUCUGAAGCUGCAGGUUGUUUGAUCACUCCUCUCAGCUGCUGGUCUCAGGACAGCAACAGCCCUGUGUGCAUCACAGGAAUCGAACCCAUCUUAGAGAAGCUCUCUAAGAGGAGCCCAGAAAAACCGCAAGGCCUCUGGCAGUUGUUUGACAUGGAUAGUGACUCUGUUUUAGACUUUUAGAGAAUGAGUAACGGACUCACAACAGUGAUGCAUCUGUGUUCUUUGUUUCGGCGUACAGGGGAAUAAAAUCCCAAAAUGUUUAUUAUUAUUUGUGACGUAUGUUCUAUUAGAUGUCAGAUGUUAUAUAUUUUUCUGAAGAAUGAACAUGUUGAUAAAGGUUUUUUGUCUUGUGGUUGAAAGCUGUGGAGCACUACUGUUAAGUUCAGAACAGAGAGACUCACAAAGCAUCAUUUAAAGUUUUUCAUCAUAUUUUCUGCUGACAUAAAUACUGUAAGAGAUAUGUGUUCAAAUAUGUGUUUAAAAUUAUUUAUUAUUUAUAUAGUUAUUUAAUUUAUA